AUGGACGGUGACCCGGCUGUUGAGUCUGAGAUUGAUUCAUUUAGUCUCGUGCUCCCUCUCCCUUACCGAGUUGCGAUUAUUGUGGUGCUGGGGAUAUGGGCAUGGGGUCUCAAUCUUCAUUACUUGCAUCUGGUCAAGAUUGAUGUUCCAGCACUGAUUCGAUACCCUGCCCGUCAAUCGCAUAACAGUGUCCUUUACCAUCAGUCAACAUACCGACUAGCCACACUCCUUUCGAUUCCUCUCGCCGUCUCACUCCUCCUGUUCUGGAUCGUCACACAUGGCUCCAAGUCUGCCGCACUGUCAUGGCAGAUCUUGCCACAGUCCUAUCUCCUUUUUAUCAUUCUCUGCUUCGUUGUUCCUGUCAAACGCAUGUCACGAUCGGGUCGACUUCAUUUCUUGACGACCCUGAAGAGAAUUAGUCUGGGUGGGCUGGCCGAAGUGCAAGAUGGGAAAUUUGGUGAUAUAAUCCUGGCGGAUGUGCUGACGAGUUAUGCAAAAGUUCUGGGAGAUCUUUUUGUCUCGACUUGUAUGCUGUUGUCGUCCAAAACUGCCAGCACUGCUCGACCCAAUCGUGGCUGUGGUGGUGCGUUUUUAGUACCACUGAUUAUCAGUAUACCCAGCAUGAUCCGACUCCGUCAAUGCUUGAUCGAGUUUCUUCGAGUUCGGCGCAAUAGGACGGCUACAUCAGGGUGGGGAGGUCAACACUUGGCGAAUGCAUUGAAAUACUCGACCGCAUUCCCCGUGAUUAUUUUAAGUUCCAUGCAACGAGGUUAUGACCCUAAGAAGAUCAAUAUGACGGAGGCAGGGCUGUUCAGGUUGUGGUUGCUAUUCGUUUUUCUGAACUCAUUUUAUUCGUUCUACUGGGAUGUAGCCAAAGAUUGGGAUCUAUCAUUAUUCUCAUCGAGUCGCGAGAGAAACAACCCUGAGCACCCCUACGGAUUACGACGACACAGAUAUUUUCACGCACAUCAGAUGUAUUAUACGGCUAUCGGCAUCGAUCUUUUACUUCGGUGUACUUGGAGUUUCAAGCUUUCUCCGCAUCUGGAUCAUUUCAACGACCUGGAAGGUGGCAUCUUUUUGAUGGAAAUGCUGGAGGUGAUGCGUCGAUGGAUGUGGAUUUUCUUCCGGGUUGAAACCGAAUGGGUUCGAAACAAUCGUGGACCAGCACCGGAUGAUAUAUUACUGGGAGACUUUGCAGGCAAGAUAGACGAUGAUUAG